AAGCUCAACAAGGUCUGGCCAAACCUCACACAAAACAGAACCACCCAGAAAAGAAAGAAAGAAAGUAUGUGUUCAUCGCUGAAGGGGCAAUACGAGAUAAGCGAAGAAAUAGGGAGAGGGCGUUUCGGCACAAUAUACCGGUGCUACGACGUCGUUUCAGGAGAAGUAUACGCCUGCAAAGUAAUCGACAAAUCAAUCCUAGCAGACGAAACGGACCAGCAGUGUAUACUGAACGAACCGAAGCUGAUGUCACUCCUAACCCCUCACCCUAACAUCCUCACUAUCCACAACGCCUUCGAAGACGACCGCUCUCUCUCUCUCAUCCUCGACCUCUGCCUUCCCCUCACCCUCCUCGACCGCCUAACUGCCUCAACUGUCACUCCAUUCCCCAACGCCUGCCACGUCAUCACGCAGCUUCUAGAAGCCGUUUCUCACUGCCACCGCAGCGGCAUCGCGCAUCGCGACUUGAAGCCCGAGAAUAUUCUCUUUGAUUCCAGAGACAUCUUGAAGCUCGCCGACUUUGGCUCCGCCGAGUGGUUCGCCGGCGAUGGCGGGGGUCUGAUGAGCGGUGUGGUGGGGACGCCGUAUUACGUGGCGCCGGAAGUAUUGAUGGGGAGGGAGUAUGAUGAGAAAGUUGAUGUGUGGAGCUGUGGAGUUAUACUUUACAUGAUGUUGGCCGGUGCGCCGCCGUUUUACGGUGAUUCCGCCGUCGAGAUUUUCGAGUCUGUUCUUCGAGGGAACUUGAGGUUUCCGCCGAGGCUCUUCCGGAAUGUGUCGCCGGCCGCCAAGGAUUUGUUGCGGAAGAUGAUAUGUAAGGACCCUUCUAGGAGGAUCUCCGCCGAACAAGCCUUGAGGCACUCAUGGAUCUUGAGGGGAGGUGAGAGUGAGGCAGCUGAACUAACUUGAGUGUAAGAUUUUUUGAGUUAAUGCAACGGAAGAAGAAGAAGUCACAUAAUACAUAUAAUAAGCUCCUUGUUAUAAUAGCAAGUAUAGCUAAUUUUGGUCCCUAAAUCUAUAAUGUUUCUCGCUAUGUGGUAGUUGUGAAUGAAUAAAGUCUACUAGUAGUACUACUGGAGGCAGAGGAAACAGAUCACCUUCUUGUAAAUUCGAGUGAUGCUU